AUGUCUUAUUUCAAAGUAAAGUCAAGUAAAAGAGCAAAACAAGAAAUGUAGAUUAAGGUUGGGGAGAAAUUUUUAGAAAUGAUAUAAGAAAAAGAAAAUAAAUUUAAAGAUAAUGAGUCAAGGUUAAUUUAAUGGAGUCGAGAUUUAGAGCAACCAAAUUAAGAUUAUCAAUAAGAUUAAUAAAAUAAUAACAUAGAUGAAUAAAGGUAAUGAUGAAUUAAUUUUUAGACUUUAUGAUGGGAUGAUUUUUCUGAGAAAACUGAAUCGACUUUGUUUUCAAUUUUGUGUUAUUGGUGUAUUGAUUGGAUUUUUCUUAUGGGGAUACUUUACUACAGUAAAAGAUUAUUAUUGGAAUGCUAACGAAGUAAUAGAUAAUAUUACAAUUUAUACAGGGAAUUGUUUUUUAAAUAUUAGUGAUUCUGAAGAUUAUCUAAAAGUAUUAGUUUUUAUUAUAUAAUUAAGUUCAAAGCGUAUGGAAAAGGAAGUUUAGAAGAAUAGCUAAAAGCAUCAAAAGAAUUUUUAAUAAAGGGAGAAAUAAUUAAUAAUGGGAUGGCAUAUAUAUAAUUUUAAAAUCCUUAUCCUGAUGUAAUAAUAUAAAAUUAUUGUAGGUACGGUCUUGUAUAGUAGAUUUAAUGUUACCAAGAAAUAUGAAUAAUUUACAUAUUUUAUGUUCAGUUGAUUCCGAGUGCAUUAUUGUGUUUGCUUAAUAAGAAUUAUAAGUAUAAGACAAUUUUAAUGCAACAUGUGAAAAAAGUGCAAGAAUGUAAAUGAAUAUAAGAAAUAUUCAAACGAAUAAUUUCACAUUUAUAUCUGAUUCUGCUGGGAUACUUUUUGUGAAUCAUAUUUUAACUAAAGAGGGUUAUAUAUCUAUGGCUAAUGGAUAAUUAGUGAUUUAAUCAACUAAAUCUUUUUAAUUAAUUUAUACUUCUUAAUCACAUGCAGUUUGUGCAAGAGGAUUUUAAUUAAUUGAUUAAGUCUAAGAAAAUUGUUAUGUUUCAGCAUCAUAGAAUGCUACAAUUAUUGAAAAUAUAUGUAAAGGUUAAAUAUCUAUUUGUGAAAAGAAUUCUUGUGAUAUUGAAUAAAAGAUUUAAGUGAUAGGAAAUCAAGCUACUAUUUAUGCUAAUAUAUUAUAUGAUAUUGGAAAACCAUUAAUAGUAGAAAGUGAUAAAAUUGAAAUAUUUUCAACUUAAAUAUUUAAAAAAUAAAUUGACUUCGAUGAAGAUUCACUAAUCGCAAUUUAAUAGUUUAUGAAUAAUAGUGGAUCUGCUGAUGUUGGUGUAAGAAUAGAUGUAGUUGGAAAUUAUUUAUUAUAACAUUCAUAUACUACACAUUGGUCAUUUUUUAGUAAUCCUUCUUAUGCAAAUUUUUAACCUUGGUGGCUAUCAGCAUUUUCAGCUGGAUUUUUAAAUCCAACUUUUACACAUCUUACUGUUUCUAUUAAACCAGGGAUUUGUCCAUGGAAUCCUGUUUUAACUUCAAAAGAAAAAAUGUAAAUAAAAAGUUUAAUAAAACAAUCAUUCAACACAACUUAUGGAGAAGCUAUUUAUAUAGAUGUUGAUGAUUCUUUAAGAACAGAUGAAAAAUUAAAUGAAAAUUAGAAUUAUUUUGGUUUAACGUAUUUGUAAUAAAAAUAAAUUGGUUAAUUUGAAAAUUGGUUGAUAUUAAAUAAUGUAGCUAAUACUAUUGUUUAUGAAUACUUGAAAUAUGAUCAAAAUUUUAUAGCAGCAAUAACACUAUCAUUAAUAUCUUCAUUGAUAUUCGCUAUAGUAAGUAUAUAUUUUUUAAAAGAAAUACUAAAAGUAUUAGAAGUUUAUGUUCUAAAUUCAUGCUCUUAAUAUCAACUUUACAGUGUUACAACUACAGGCUAUGUACCAAAAAACACUAAUGAUAUUGUCAAGGAUUUAAUGGAAAAAUUAUAAAAAUAGCCUGAUAAAAGAGAUCCACCUUUAAUUAUGCCAAUAUUUACUUAUAUUUAUUAUUAGUUUGCGUAAAAUUAACUCAAAUCAUCCCCUUCUAUUUUUAUUCCUACGUUAUUUAAAUUGAGUAAUUAAAAUGAGACUGAAUAAUAUUAUGCUAAUGAAUUAGAUGAAAAAUAUUUAAGUAUUGAUUAAGAAGAAAUUAAAGAGAGGUAUGAAUAAUUUUGCUAUUUAAAUAAAAUGACUAUUGAAUCUUUGUCAUAAUAUGAAAAUACUUUUUAUUAUAAUUAUCAUUUUGAGUUUGCUGAAAAAUAGAAUAUAUUAGUUCUAUCAAAAAUUAAAUUAAACCCUAAUGCAAAACCAUAUUAAUAAUUAAGUUUAGAAGAAAUAUUAAAUAUAAAUUCUCUUGAAAUAUUUUUCUAAACCUAAUGUUUAUUAACAGGCAUUCCUGCAGAUACUCUGAAUUCUGAUGUUCUUUAUUAAGCUUAUUUAAAAUUUUGUGGAAAUUAUAUAAAAGUUGAAUAAUUUAACAUUGAAUAGAUUUCAAACAACUACAAUUUCCAAAUUACAGAUAAAAAAAUAAUUUAAUUAUCUAAGAUUCCAUUUUCACAAGAAGAUGGAAAUCAUGCUUUUACCAAAAGUGAAUUUAAUUUUCUAGCAUAAUUUGUAAGGAAUGAGAGAUUAGAACAAAGUUAAUUCAAAAAGCCAGUUUAUAUAUUAAGAAGAUAAGAAGAAUAAAAUCAAGAGUAAAUGUUUGAUGGAAAUAAUCAAGAAUCAAUGUAAUUUUAAUUAAAUCCAAUUAAAUAAAUUGAAAGAGAUAAAUUAAAAGAGUCUUACAAUUAAUCUUCUUUAUUUUUAUAGAGUAUUAUUUACAAUAUCAAUUAUUAUUACCCUAUUUUUAAUUAUGAAAGAAGUAAUAUUUUGGUGAAAUAUUUUGAAUUAAUUUACAUGCAUGGAUGGAUGGUGAAUGACGUUAUUAUUGUCUUAGGAAAUUCUAUUAUUGGAGCGAUUACAAUUUUACCUUUAUUAUACUUUAUAAUUAUAAUUAACACAUCAUAUUCAUCAUAUUCAAUUUAUACUCCAGAAACUUUACUUUAUAUUGAAGAUAUAUACUUUAGACCUUGGAUAAUCUUUGAUUAUUUUAGGCACUUUGAUUCAUGGUUUUAUGCUUUUUUUAUUGUUUUAAUUUGUUAUACCAUAUUAACUGCCUUACUCUAAAUACUAUAGUAUUGUUAUUCAACAUUUCCUUUUGAAAAUAGUUAUAUGAUUGAGCAAAACUUACUUAAAAAGCGUACUUUUAUAUAUUUGUAGUGGUAUAUAUUUUUAAUAUUAGCAUUUUGUGUGUUUUUCUAUUUUGGUUUAAUAAUUGUUUGGCUGUUAUUAGGAUCAAUAAUUAAUCCAAAUUUUUAUCUUGUUUACUCUUCAUCAGCUUUAUCUUUGGUUGCUUUUAUCACAGCAUAAAUAAAUUAAAUUAAAGAAACUUAUGAAAUGACUUGUGAAGAAAUCAAUAAACUUAUAAAAAAUAUUUAAUCCUAAACUUUUUCAUUAUUAAUACGACCAAUAAUUAAAGAACUAUAAAGAUUAUUAGAUACUUCAAUAUCUAUUAUUACAUCUAAAGGUAUGAAAGAAGCUAAAUAAUUUGCAAAUAAUUUAGGUUUUGGGGAUAAAUUAGAAGAAUUAUGUAAUAUGUCUAAUUAAAUAGCUGAAAAUUCUGAACCUUUGGAUUUUGCUUAAAAUUAAUUGAAAUUAUAAAAAAUGAAAGAAACAUUUAUCUAAACUUCAUCUGAAAUAUUUCUAGAAAAAAUGAUAGAAUAGUUUAAAAUUCCAGAAAGUUUGGCUAAGUUGUUAUAGAAAUCAUUAUUUACAAACUCUGAUGAAAUUGUUGAAGGGUUAUUGAAAGAAAUAGAAUCAAAAACUACAAUACCUUAUCCUAUUUUAAAGUGGUUAUAUUCAACUUUGACUUAAUUUUAUAAUUUAAUACGUUAAAUUCAUACUUAGACAGGAAAAAAUCUUUUAAUUGAAUUUGUUAAAUAAAUCCAUUAAGAUUUAAUAAAACUAUUUAUAGAAAUAGUGUUAAGUAAAGAGAAAAUGGAAUAAUUAGAUAAGAAUAUCAUGCUUGUAUUUUAGGAACUUUUGAUAAACUCAUCAGAAAAAAAUAUUCUUUCUUAAUUUGCAAAAAUUUAAGAAAUUAUAAAUCAACCUAUUGAUACAUAAUUUAAACUUGAAAAAUAUACUUUAAAAUUUUUUAUGAAAUUUAGUAAUAUAAAUAAAAAAAGUAACGAAUUAGAAUAAAUAAAAAAUGACUACACAUUUUAACUAUUUGCUUUUUCUGACAUUGAUCAAAAAUUUAACUUCCUUUAUUAAUUUCUAUUUAAUAAUUAGUAAUAUUUAAUCAUCUCUUAAGAGGUCUUGAAUUAAAAUAAAUGUAAAUCGUGCUCUUAGUUUUUAUGCAAGAUAUUUUAAUAGCUUUAGGAUCGAUUAAAUCCAGAAAAAACUUAUUAAAUUUCAAACUAAAAAGCAGCUCUAUACCAUAAAUUUAAGUUUAUAGUUAAUUAUCUAAGGAAUGAUUUUGAUUUAUUUAUUCGAAAUCCUUUUAAAGAGGUUGGCUUAAUAUAUAUUUCAUUAUGCACAAAAAGGUGGAAAAAUGAAUUUUAAAUAAAUUUAGACGGUUAUUAUUUAGAAUUGUUUUAUGAUAUUUUGUAUAUUAGAAGUAAUUUUUUAUGGUCUUCUAAAUAUUUUGAAGGAAAUUCAUAAAUAAAAACAUAUAAUUCAAUAGAUAAAAGAGAGGAAAAGUUGUCCAAUCGAAGUCUUAUCAAACUUAUUUCAUCAACUCUAGAUUUUUCUGAAAAUGCUGUGAUAGGACUUAUUUUAAUUUUGAAAAAUGAGAUUUCAAAUCAAUCUAAAUAUUUAGAAUAGAUAUAUAUUGAAAUUUCCUAAAAGAGUUAACAGAUUUCUUAAUCUAAUUCUAAAAUAAUUGAAGAUUAGGUGAAAAAAAUCAAAUUUGUUAUAGAACUUCUCUCUAAAACUAAUUUUGAAGAUAUAUUUCCUUUUUUAUUAUCAAAUUAAGAUAUACCACUUUCACAAAAAUUAAUUAAAGAAUUUAUUGAUAUGGUGAUUAAAUAAGGGGAUAUAGAUACUUUUUAAUUAUUCAAUGGAAAUUUCAUUUACACAACUUAUUAACUCCUUAAUGAAGAUUCCAAAAAGACUAUGAAUUCAACUUAAAGGGAAAAAUUAAUUAAAUAAAAAUAAUACUUUAAUGAAGAAGUGAUGAAAAACUAUAAAAAGUAUUCUCUAGAAUUUGGCUAUAGUUUUAAUCAAAAAGAUAUUCAAAAUAUAAAUAAUCAGUAAUAAAACGAAAAUGGUCUGUAAUAAUAAGAAAAUGCCGAAAAAGGAGAUUUAAAUAGAUAUCAUUCUUCAAAGCUAACUUUUUAUAAUUAUCUAUUAGAUAUUAAGAAAAAAAAUUAAAAUAAUAAUUUUAUUGAUUUGUUAACGAAUGAAGAAGAUCUACCAAUGUUUUUAUUUGAGAUUUUGAAAAAACAAGAUUGUAUAUUGAGGUAGAAUGAUUUGGAUUUUGAAGAUGCAACUAGUAAUUUCGAUAAAGGUUUUGAAAAUCUAAGUUAUAUUUUAUACUUAAAGGAUAUAGAAAACAUAGAAAAAAUGUAAAAAGCCAUAGAUUUUUUUGUUAUACAAAAUCAAUCAAGUGAAUACAAUAUUUAAAUGAAAAAAAUCCUGUCAUAUAUCUCCAAAAUAAGUUAGAUUGAAUAAACUGUAUCAAGUGCAACUUCUUUACUUCAAUAAAUAAUUCCUUAUCAAUCAAAUAGACUUACACCUUUAUUUAUUGAUCAAAUAUUUUAAACAACAUAAGGAUUAGAUUGUUGUUUUUACAAGGAUAUUUUACGUAUUUUAAAAUUUGAAUUACCAGAAUUUAUUAUAAAUGGAUAAAUUACAAUAAAUAAAAGAUCAAGAUUUAAAAUGAAUAUAAAUGCAAAUGCAAAAAAAAUGUUGGAAAAUUUUAUUCCUUUUGUUGAACCAAUGAUAAAUUUAUUAUAUUCAGAAGAUAAAAGUAUAAGAGAUUAAGCUAUUGAAGAAUCAUUAUUAAAUUUUGAACCAAAUUUUUCUAAACCAACAUUUUCUAAACAAAAAUAACUGUAUAAAUCAAUUAUCAUAGAAAUUUUUGACAAAGAUUAUAAUAUUGUAUUUUAAUUACCUAAAAAUUAUGUAUCAAAUAUAUUUAAAAAUGCAUCAAAGAAGAGUGUAGUUGAUGUAGCACUUUAAUUAGUUGAGGGAUUUAUAUAACGGGAAGCUAUUUUUUCAAAAAAAAAUUUAAAUGUAUCAACAAACAUCUUUACUAUUGUAGGAGAUUAUUUAAAAUAUUUUUUAACUUUUGAUAUAAAUAUAUUUAUUGAAUUAGUUUAAAUUCACUGCAAUAAAAUUGUAAGAAAGGAAAAACAAAAUUAAAAGGCAAUUUUAGCUCUAUUUAGUUUAAUGUCAUCAAAAUAUGACUAUGAAGAAUUAAAUUCUAUUUAUUAUUUGAAUAAAUCAGAAUUAAAGCUUACAAACCUUUUGGUUAAUUGUAUGUUUUCCAGAAACAAAUCAAUCUUUCUUGAAGAAAUAGAAAUUUAACAAAUACUCAAAAAAAAGUUUUAAAUUGAAGAUUUUCAAAUUGUAAUUGAGAUAGCCUAAAUUCUUGAUUAUAAUUCAGUUGAUCCAGAAAUGUUGAUUGAGAAAUUAAAACUUAAAAAAGUUGAUUAAUAAUUAUUAAAAAUGGUUUUUGCUUUUAAAAUGUAAAUAAGAGAUGGAAAAUCAUGGGAAAACUUUUAAGAUCAAUAUGAUUAGUUAUCAAUGUAAAGAUAGAAUAUAUAUAAAGAAAAAUAGACAAACAUUGAUGAGAAUACUUUAGAAGUGUUAAAUUAUUUUGCUCAUCCUAGGCCUUUUAAUUUCAUAUUCUUAUUAAAUAAUAUUGAAAUAUUAAAAAAAUAUGAACUUACAUCUUUUUUAGUCUCCGGAAUUUUAGGUAUAGCCAAAUAUGAUAAGUUUGACAGAUACAAAGAAAAAUCUUUUGAUUUUAUUUUGCAUAGAUAAAAACAAAUUCAGGAACUUUCUCAAAAAGUUGAACAACUUUCUGAAAUCAAGGAAGCUAUUGAAGCUAAGGAACUUACUAAAAAGAUUGAAUAGUCCCUUUUUUAUAUAGCCUAAAAAUGUAAUAAAGAUUUACAAGAAGCUUUUUUAUUUUUAGAAUUAGCAAUAGGAUUAGAUUAAAUCUUAAUUAAUGCAAUAUUUUAAGACAAUUUGGAAAAUAAUCCAUUUGGUGAUUAUAUUUAAGAAAAAUUUAAAUAUGGAAGGGUUUAUGAUCAAUUUACUGAUUUAUUAAAAGUUCUAUCAUAAUUAGAUUGCGAAAAAAUGUUAAUAAUAAUUGAAUUUGAGACAUUUAAAACAUACUUUUAAUCUUUUUGUAAUGAAGCGAAGAUGAAUUUGGUGAAGUUUUUAAAUAUUAAAAUAGAUGAUCAGGAAAAAUAAUCUUUUCAAAAUGAUUUAGAAUUUCAAAAUGAAGACAAUAAUAAUGAAAUUGCUAGUUUUGAUGAAAUAUGGAAAUAAUUGUCUUCUAUAGGUAAGUCUUCAUUUUCAAAGCUAUUUCCUUUAUCAUAAAUAAUUUUUAUAAAUGUCUUAAAAUAAAUUAGAUAAAUAAAAUAAUCGUUAUUGAAAGAAAAGAGAAAAGAUUAAUCUAAUAAAAAUAAUAUAUUUGAAAAAUCUAAUAAAAUAAAAGAGCUGUUGUCGAUAGCUAUAAUCAUUUAUGAAAGAAAUUUAGUUUUUAAUCAUCAGAAAGAGUUCCUCAAUUUUAAUUUUGAAGAUACAAUAAAAUUAAUUUAUUUAGGCAUUUUUGGGUCAGAAGAGCUUAAAGAUCAAAAUGUUGGACAUAUAUUUGAUAAUUUAGUCUAAUAUCCAAGUUUAGGAGUUAUAAAUAAAGGUUAAAAAAAAGGCAAUAUUAUUUUUGAAAAUAUUGAUCAAUACUUUCCAGUGUAUUGUUAAUUUUCAAUAAAUUUUAAUAAAACUUUAUUGUAAUAAUUUUGGAAAGAUUUAUUGAAAAAAACAUCUUAUAUUAGAUGUUUCGAAACCUGCAUUUAAAAUCCACAUGAAAUAAAUUUAAUAGAACAAGAUUUUUAUAAAAAUAAGUCUAUUUUACAUACGUUGAUAGCUAAUUUGGAGAAUUUUAAAAGUAAUGAAUAUGCUUUCAUUAUAGAAGAAGAUUGCAAAAAAUCAAUAAAUUUAAUGGCUUAAAAUGGCACUAAUAUUGAAUUAAUAUCAUCAUUAAUGCUUUAUUAUGCAGUAGAUUUUACAUUUUCAAAUUAAGAAAAAGUGUAAUCAGGUGAAAAUAGUUUAACUUUUUAAUAACUUGUAGUAAAAUUAAUUAAAUAAUUUUUGGGUUCAGUCUAAAAACCAUAAUUAAGUUUUUUAAUAAACUUAAUUUAUAAUCCAAAGGGUUUAGAUAAAGAAAAUAUAUAUCAAAUCUGGGAUGAAGGAAAGAAUUCCAUUUUUAUUGAUAUCAUAACUGUAUAAGUAAGAUUAAGAUUAGAGCAGUUUCGAUCCACAGCAGAAUAUAAUGAUGCAUUAUAAUUCAUUCCUAGUUAUUAUUUAUAUUUAUCACUUGGAGAUAUAAAUUUAUUAUAUCAAGAAGAAGAACAAAACAAUAAAAGGCUUAGUUUGGCCUUGGGAAAUUUAAUUGAUAAUUGCAAAGAUAUUUAGGAUACUUUAAAAUUUUCCUUAAAAAUUUUGUUCAGAUGCUUUCUUGGAGAUAUUGAAGCUUGGUAUACCUUAGUCAAUCAAAUCAUAGAAUUAUCAAAAUUUAAAAGUGAGUAAUUAAGUUUUAUCAGAAAUGUUAUUUUUGAUUUACUGGCUUAAGUAAAAGUAUAAAGAUAACCAAAUAAUAAAAUAACACAGGAAAAAAUACAAUCAACUUCAUUUUAGGAGUUGUUAAGAUUAAAUACGAAAUGUAAUCUAUUUUCAUUAAUACAAACUUCUUUAGAGGAUAUGCUUAGUAGAGUAGAAGGACUUAAGGAUCAGUCGGAAUUUGAUUUUUGCAAGAACAUCUUUAAUUAUUAUUAUGAAAGCAUAGUAUAAUAAAAUUUCGAUUUUCUACUAGAUUCCAGUAUGUAUUAAAAAUGUUUUUAUGAAAUGAUUGAAAAAUAUUUAAGCAUAAUAAUAUAGAAAAAUCAAGAUGAGUUAAGUUAUAUAUUAAACUUUUUAUUGUCAAGUUUAGUAAAGAAACCUAAAGAAAUUGAAUAUGAAACAAAAAUUCAAGUGUUAGAAGAAGACAAGAAUAAAGGAGCUUGGGUAUUUAUAAAGGGAAUGAUUUUUACUGAUUUUUCAAAAAAUGUUAAUGUUGCUAUUGAUCACAUUUAUCAAUUUUUUGAAGCUUUGCAGUUGAAAGAGUUUUAUCAUUAUCUACCACUUUUAACAUCAAUCAGUCUAUACAAACAUUAGGAUAAGAUCCCUGAAUCACCAGAUAUAGUAUUAUAUCCAUUCAUUUGGACUUAAAAUUUGAUUGAAUAAAAAAACCAAAAUCAAAAUUAAAAUAUAGAACAAUUUAAAAAAAUUUAAACAGAAAUAUUAAAAGAUUACUCGGAAUUUAAAGAAAUUUCUUAAUAUUUUAUUAAUUUAAUCUUUAAGGAGGAAAAUCUAUAAAAAUACCUUUGCAUAGAAAUAGAAGGUUUAAAUAAUUUUCUAUUUUAAGAAAAGAUAGAAAUUAGUGAUAAAAAGAUUUUAGUUCGUAUUUUUCAGAGAUUGAUUUCAUGGGUUAAGAAUUCAAAUAAUUUGAAAUCCAAUGAUUAAAUAGGUUUCAUUAAUGAGGUGAGAGGGUUAUAAAAAUUUUAAAAGAUAAACAUCAAUCAACUUGAAGUAAUUAAAUAAUAAGAAUAGCCUCAAUAAGAUACUGAGAGGACACUAGAAGAAAUUCAAUAUUUAACUUAGAAGGUGAUUAAAAAUAGAGUCAACACAAUUUAUGGAGAAAAAGAUUAACUUUAAAAUAACAAAAAUAGACUAAUUUUAGAUGAAUUAUUUGAGUUUUAAAAAUCGAAUAAUAUAGAAAGUUUGAAGAAAUUACUUAUAUAGAUAGUAUAAAAAGAAGAACACCCAAUAUUGUAAGAAUAACAUCCAAUAAAUAAGUUAUUAGAUAUUGCAUAAUAAUUAAAGGAUUCGGUAGCCAUUUUAUAAAAUUAAAUUGAUAAAUUUUCAGAGGAAAAAGUAUUCGGUUUGAUAGAAAUAAUUUUUAAAAAGAUUUUUGAAAAAGACACAAAAGAAAAACUGUAAUUGUUUAAAGCAUGCACAAAAACGAUUAUAUCAAUAAAAAAUAAACGUUUUUCUGAAAUUUCAAAUGAAUUUUAUUCACUAUUUUAAAAUGAUGAAUUUAACAAAGAGAAUAUCACGAAUUUUAUGUAAGAUUUUCUAAUUUCAAUUUAAACACCAACAAAAUUUAUUAAGGAAAAACUAGAUUUCAUGUCUCGUAUAGAUUCAUCAAGUCAUCACAAAAAUCUAGGUUUUAUUUCAAAGAAAAUUGAAGAAAAUACUGAUUUGAGUUUUGAUGAUCUAUUUAAAAUUCUUGACAAACAAGGUAGGAGAGUAGUAAAACCUGAAGAUAUAUUAUAAUUUUUGAAAAGACUUCAUAUGGACAUCACAGACCAUAAAUUAAGGGAAAUUUUAGUGUAAAUUAAAGGAGAGGCAUUAAAUAUGGAAACAUGUUUAAUUGAUUUUUAUGAAUUCAAAGAAAUCAUGCAAUAAUUAACAACAUAGUCUUUACUUCUUAGUUUAACAUAUCUUGGAAUUUCAAAGUAACAAUUAUUUUUAGGAUUAUUGAUAGUGGUUAUAUAUUUGGGUCUUGUGCUCACAUUUAUAUUAAUAGGGGUUAAGGCUUUAGCCAUUCCAGGUACAUUUGCAGCUAUUGUUAAUGCAUUAUUACCUAUGAUUGGAAGUUUAGGAUUAAAUAAGCAAGCAACAAAUAAGUAAAUUAAAGCUGUCAAUUUGAAUACAAUUAUGGAAAUUGUAAAAAAGGCUAUUAAAAUUAUAUCUGAAAAAAUAAUAAUUUGA